UCCACUGGAGGAGCGGCACGCACGGUCCGCGUGAAUGCAUUAAAAAAAUAAUAAAUUAAAAAUUCUGAAAUAACGGAGGAAUUAAACACACCAGCAGCAAACUGGAAAGGGAAGAGCCAUCGCCCGAGAGAGGGGACAUCAGAUGUGUAGCGCUCGCACCGAUAACCUGAAUAUACUGGCUUCCAUCUGCGCCCCCUCUGCCGCGCUCGCGCUCUGUGCUGUCAGCUUGGCGUGCUGUGGCGUGGAUCUUUUUCUUAUGAUUGUGUAAUUUUUUUCUUCCUCAGCCUCCCACCAUCUACCCCCCUCCCUACCUCUCAUCUUCUGUCUGAACAGUCAAGAAAAAAAGGAGGCAUAAAAAGGAUUGUUGUAUUUUGCUUCCUCUUUAAUAUAUUUUUUCCUCUGAUAUUUUUUUUCAUUCAUCAUACUUUUAUCUUACAUGGCGCAAGGGCUAUGCAAGCGGGUCUAUUGUGGUUCCGGUUCUGGGUGUGAUUUAAGCGCCGCGGAUUUGGAUACUCGAGCUCCGGCGACGGCAGCACGACAGGCGUGGAGCGGCUCCGGCGGCGCCCCCCGCUCGCCCUCAUCUUCAGCGCGGCUCUAUGUCGAGUGAUGCUCGGUUCGCGUCGCUGGAUGCUCCCCUCUCCGCUCGGAUCGUCGUCGGCGCCUCUUUUGACAGCAGAUUCUCAUUUUCGGUGGAGACCUUCUGCGAGAUAGAGGCCACAUAUGGAAACUGGGGAUCAGAAUUUUAGGAAAAAGGAAAACUAGCGGUUGUUAUUUUCAUUUAUUUCCCCCACUGCUUCAUUUUCUCGUUUCUUUGCUCAUUUCUUUAUUGGGCUGGACUGGCCAAUUUCUUAAAUGAUUUCAUAUGGCAGAUAUACGUUAGCAACUUGGUUAUUUAUCUAAUUUCUUUAUUCUUGAUUCGGGGCAGUUAUUAGUGUGUUUGUGUGUGUGUGUUCAUUUUUAAAGAUUUUCCUACCCCCCACCCCCCAUCAACACCCGUCCCCGUUUGUUCCCUUGAUCUCUCCAUUAAUUUAAUAGUCAGAUAAAUGUAAAUAGGCAGAUUCAUAGAGAUACUGAGAGAUGCAUGAACAGCAUAAGUUAGGUUAGGAAUAUACGCUAACCGGGGGGAGGUGAUUUUUUUAGGCGCAUAGGCAAAACGAAAAGUAAUACAGCCUAGAUAAUUCUCCAGCGUCGUUCUUUUUUAAAACCAUAAAAUUGUUAAUUGACACGCUUUGUGGAAAAAAAAUUGUAAUCUACGGGAGCAUGUCAUCACUGUAAGCUCACACCCCCACCUUCCUAUUCCUCAGUUUGCGCUGCUUUCCAGGCGGUACCGGUACCGGUACCGCACACAUGCCGGUCAGCACAUACGCCAACAUACACGUGUUAGAUCUGAUUGCUAAAAAGACGCACCGAUGCUUUAUUUCCACUGCCGUGCCAUUCACGUCACUAAUCAUUAAUCGAUAGUGCAUUUCCCCUUUAGCGCGAUCGCUCUGCAGUUUAUUUGCAUCAGACUUUUAAAGAUUAUUCUUUAUUUACCUUUGACACGUACAGGGAGUCUGAACGCUUCGUUCUUUUUUUUUUUUUUUUGCAGUCGCGGAAAUAGUCGCUAGAAAGUGUAUAUGUAGAAAUAGGCUAGCGGUUAAGUGUCUGGUUGUUGCGAGCUCCUUUACUGCCUGUUUUGCGGUAAAUAACUUAAGCCGGUGUGCAGACAGCGGUCCUCUGCUGGGGUGUUCAGUACACCCUAUAUAUACACGCACACACCCCUUCCUCAUUUCUGAUCCUCGCUGUCACCCACACAAACACAACCAUACGGUUCCUACAGCAUCCUCGCCCCUCUCCCCAUUUCCAGCCGAAGGCGCCCCGUUUUUUCGGUUUUGUGUGGUCCCGCAAAUUUACAAAUAUUUAUUUCCUAUACGUCAAGAGGAAAGGGGGCCCCCCUUUCAUGGAAUGCGGGAACAUGGGUCUGUUCGACCGCGGGGUUCAGAUGUUACUGACUACCGUGGGCGCUUUUGCCGCCUUUAGCCUGAUGACUAUAGCGGUGGGCACGGACUACUGGCUCUACUCCCGCGGCGUCUGUAAGAUCAAGACGGUGAGCGAGAAUGAGACCAGUAAGAAGAACGAGGAGGUCAUGACCCAUUCGGGACUGUGGAGGACGUGCUGUUUAGAAGGCAAUUUUAAAGGGCUGUGUAAACAGAUAGACCACUUUCCCGAAGACACGGAUUAUGAAGCGGACCCCAGCGAGUACUUCCUACGAGCUGUGCGAGCAUCGAGCAUCUUCCCCAUCCUCAGCGUCAUCCUACUCUUCAUGGGGGGCCUCUGCAUAGCUGCCAGUGAGUUCUACAAGACGCGCCACAACAUCAUCCUCAGUUCCGGCAUCUUCUUCGUGUCAGCAGGCCUCAGCAACAUCAUCGGGAUCAUCGUCUACAUAUCAGCCAACGCGGGGGACCCCUCUAAGAGCGACUCCAAGAAGAACAGCUACUCGUACGGCUGGAGCUUCUACUUCGGCGCGCUCUCCUUCAUCAUCGCUGAGAUGGUGGGCGUGUUGGCGGUUCACAUGUUCAUCGACCGGCACAGGCAGCUGCGGGUGGGUGCUCGUGCCCCCGACUACCUGCAGAUCGCCAUCACGCGCAUCCCCAGCUAUCGUUACCGCUACCGCCGGCGCUCGCGCUCCAGCUCACGCUCCACGGACCCCUCGCAGUCCCGCGACGCCUCGCCCGUGGGCCUCAAGGGCUUCAGCGCGCUGCCGUCCACGGAGAUCUCCAUGUACACGCUCACCCGGGAUGCCCUCAAGCCCGCGACCACGCCCACCGCCACCUACAACUCCGAAAGGGACCACAACUUCCUGCAGGUGCACAACUGCAUCCAAAAAGACCUGAAAGACUCAUCCCACACCAACACAGCCAACCGACGCACUACCCCAGUAUGAGACUGUCCCACGGUGGAGAGGGUGGAGGGCA